AUGGGUUAUGUGUGGGAUGAGACUUAUGAGCCGGCAACUGUAGCGUUCAUUUUGUUGGGCUCCGCGCUGGUUUUUAUCAUGAUUCCAGGACUUGGAUUCUUAUACUCAGGUCUAACGCGAAGAAAGUCUGCUCUGGCACAAAUAUGGAUUGUUCUGAUGGCCACGCUGGUAGGAAUUCUGCAGUGGUAUUUUUGGGGGUUUUCGCUGGCGUUCUCCAAGACGGCUAAAAAUCACAAGUUUAUUGGAAAUUUGGACUCGUUUGGGUUCCGAAACGUUUACGGGAAAGUUGACGAAGACAGCGUUUACCCAGAAAUUGCCUUUGCCGGAUUCCAAGGUCUUUUCAUGUGUGUGACUCUCAGCAUUAUCGCAGGCUGUACAGCUGAAAGGGGUAGACUCCUGCCGCACACUGUCUUUUUAUUCUGUUUUGCAACACUUGUCUACUGCCCGGUCACGUACUGGAUCUGGGAUUCUGAUGGAUGGGCUUACCGCUGGGGAGUACUAGACUGGGCUGGAGGUGGCCCUGUUGAAGUUCUAUCCAGUGUAGGAGGAUUUGUCUACUCGGCAUUUUUAGGCAAGAGAAAAGAAAGCCUGCUCAUCAAUUUCAGACCUCACAACGUUUCUAUGGUCACCUUGGGCACUUCAUUGCUAUGGUUCGGAUGGUUAGGCUUCAACGCAUGCACUUCUUUGAGCCCGAACCUUCGAUCUUCUUACGCUUUCAUGAACACAAAUUUGAGUGCAGCUGUGGGAGGCAUGACAUGGUGUCUAUUGGAUUACAGGCUAGAGAAAAAGUGGUCGACCGUGGGUCUAUGUUCCGGUAUUAUUUGUGGCCUAGUGGCUGCUACGCCGAGUUCGGGUUGCAUAACACUGUAUGGUUCUGUGAUACAAGGUAUUGUUGCCGGCGUGGUAUGUAACUUUGCGACCAAGAUCAAGUAUUAUCUCAAAGUUGACGAUUCCAUGGAUAUUCUGGCGGAGCACGGAAUCGCUGGUGUUGUGGGGCUAAUAUUCAACGCAUUGUUUGGCGCAGACUGGGUGAUCGGCAUGGAUGGGGCCACCGACCAUGACGGUGGGUGGAUUUCGCAUAAUUACAAACAGAUGUACAAGCAAAUUGCUUACGUGGCAGCUGUGUACGGUUACGGUAUUGUUGUAACCGCUAUCAUUUGUUUUGUGAUAAACAAAAUUCCUGGUCUGCAACUCAGAGCCAGCGAGGAUGCUGAGGAACAGGGCUUAGACGAAGACCAAAUCGGCGAGUUUGCAUACGAUUACGUUGAAGUACGGAGAGACUACUAUUCCUGGGGAGCCAAUAGACCGGAGGGUUCUUCGGAUGACAACGAGUCCCAGCCACAAGAGGAAAAACAUACUUGA